GGAAUGGUUGAGCGGUUAAUUUAACUCUCUCUCUCUCUCUCUUCUCUUCAAGUGGUGGUAGCUUGACGAAGAAGAGUGCGCAGGUUAAGCGAAUCUCCGCCCUCCCCUGGCGUGCGCAGGUUAAGGCCAGUUCAUCGCCUAGCAGAUAAACUCGAAAGCCCCCGACGACUUUCUGCUGCUGCUGCUGCUGCUCUGCUCGACGAGAGGGGGCGAUUCGAGUGUCGAGGGGAGGGAUUUGGCGGUUCAUGGAUCGGUGAGGCCUUGAUGAUCGAUGUCGAAGAUGAAGCACUUGCUGAGGAAGCUCCACAUCGGCGGCGGCGGCCUGCCCGAGCACCACCACCGCCUGGGCGAGGCCCCGCCCGGGCUGAGCCCUAGCCUCGCCGCCGAGGGGGUCGGCGGCGGCGGCCCCGAUCCGGCGGCGCGGUCGCCCUCGCCGUCGCCGGAUUCGCGGGGGAUGGGGACGAUCGCGGCCGAAUCGGCGGGGGGCGGCGACGCGGGGGCGGGGGACUUCAAUUUCCUGGAGGAGGAGUUCCAGGUGCAGCUGGCGCUGGCGAUCAGCGCGUCGUCGGCCGAUCACGUGGAGGUGCGCGAGGACCCCGAGGAGUCGGCCCAGAUCGAUGCCGCCAAGCGGAUUAGCCUCGGCUGCCCCGCGGCGAGCGCGGCGGAGCCCAACGCCAUGGUGGAGUUUCUCUCGCUUCGGUAUUGGACUUAUAAUGUGGUCAAUUACGAUGAAAAGGUGAUGGAUGGAUUUUAUGACGUGUACGGCAUCAAACCAGACAUAGUUGCACGAGGAAAGAUGCCAUUGUUUGUGGAUCUUCAAGCUAUAUCUGUUUCUGGUGAUGUUGAUUACGAAGUAAUACUGGUGAACCGCAUGGUUGAUUUUGAGCUGCAACAGCUCGAGGACAUGGCAGUUGCUCUAUCUAUAAAGUGUCAAGCUUCUCAUUGUGGUCCUUUUAUGGGUGGCUUGAUUCAGAAAGUUGCUGAUGUGGUUGCUGAUAGAAUGGGCGGUCCAGUUGGCGAUGCCGAUGAAAUGGUGAAGAGGUGGAGCACAAGAAGUUUUGAGCUCCGCAGUUCGCUCAAAACUGUUAUUUUGCCACUUGGAUUACUCAAUGUUGGACUUUCACGGCACAGGGCCUUGCUUUUUAAGGUUCUAGCAGAUAGGCUUGAUAUUCCCUGUAAGCUGGUAAAAGGAAGCUACUACACUGGCACUGAUGAAGGAGCCGUGAACCUGAUUAAGAUUGAUACUGGAAUUGGAAGGUGUGGUGAAUACAUAAUCGACUUGAUGGGUGCUCCGGGCACUCUAAUUCCUGUUGAGGUACCUGCGAGUUGUCUACAGAGUUCCAAUAUUGAGAUAUCGCCUAAUUUGCUUGACGCUACAAUUCAAACACUGGCAGUGGGCCUAAACUUUGAGGGACCUUCCCACAUUGGCCACUUGAAUACAGGAGACACAUCUCGUGCUGGCAAUAGCACAGAAGAAAACGAAAGGCUCCUUUCUGAAAGAAAUCAAACUGAAAUAUUUGAAAAUGAUUUUGGGAAACUUCUUCCCUCACUACAUAAAUCACGGGAACGUCCAUCAAGUAUCAGUGGAGAAGCUAGACAAUCUCAGAAGGUCAAAGUAAAAAAUGUUUCAAAGUAUGUCAUCAGUGCUUCCAAAAAUCCAGAAUUCGCUCAGAAGCUCCAUGCCGUUUUGCUGGAGAGUGGAGCCUCCCCUCCACCUGAUUUAUUCUUGGAUGGUGAUGGUCUCGAAGUUGGCAAACAAAAAGCUAAUGAAAGAUGCUACUUGGCUGAAAGACAUGAAGGAGGUUUUUUGUCUCAGCACCGUCAGGAUAAGUCCUUUUCCAGUCAUGGUCAUCGGUUACCUUCAACUGUUGUUGGGCCAGUGGAAAGCACUAGCUGUGCUGGUGAAUCAGAAAUGAAUGCCAUGGAAUUGUCUGAAAAGCUUGUAAAGUUGGAUAAGGAUGCUGCUACUUCUGGCUACUCUUUGUGGUCUGAAUCUCCCGAUGCUGCAAGUGAAGGAUUUGUGCUUGUUAAUAGUGGAAUCAGUGAUAUGAUUCAGACUAGUGCUGCAAUCUCAGGUGAUUCUUCUCAAACUCAAGUUGGGCAGUGCACGACCAGUGGUCAUAACUAUGACAAUGCAGGUGCUGAAUCCUCUUUGAAAUUGGAAGGAAGAGCCAGAGCCAGCGGUGCACAUGUAAUAUACUGUAAUGGUCACAGUGAGACAAUUAACCCAGUGCUUGGUGGGGAUGCAGAAUGUGACAUUAGAUGGGAAGAUCUUCAAAUAGGCGAACGAAUUGGUAUUGGAUCAUAUGGGGAGGUCUAUCGAGCUGAGUGGAAUGGGACUGAAGUUGCUGUAAAGAAGUUUCUGGACCAAGAUUUUUCGGGGGAAGCAUUGGCUCAAUUUAAAUGUGAAGUUGAAAUCAUGUUAAGGUUGCGGCAUCCCAACGUCGUCCUUUUCAUGGGAGCAGUUACACGGCCUCCUCAUUUUUCUAUAUUGACAGAAUUUCUCCCUAGGGGAAGUUUAUACCGGUUACUGCAUCGUCCCAAUCCUCAACUUGAUGAAAGGAGGCGAAUGCGAAUGGCUCUUGAUGUGGCAAAAGGGAUGAAUUACUUGCACACAAGCCACCCAACUAUCGUGCAUCGAGAUCUAAAAUCUCCAAAUCUCCUUGUUGAUAAGAACUGGGCUGUUAAGGUCUGUGAUUUUGGCUUGUCACGAAUGAAGCAUCAUACGUUUUUGUCCUCAAAGUCCACCGCUGGAACGCCGGAGUGGAUGGCACCAGAAGUUCUAAGGAAUGAACCGGCCAACGAGAAAUGUGAUGUUUAUAGCUUUGGUGUGAUACUCUGGGAGUUGGCAACCUUGUCCAUACCAUGGAAGGGGUUGAAUUCGAUGCAAGUUGUUGGAGCUGUUGGUUUCCAGAACAGGCGUCUUGAAAUCCCAGAGGAGCUUGACCCCACUGUUGCACAGAUAAUGCAAGAAUGUUGGCAAACGGAGCCACAUUUGCGGCCUACAUUUACUCAGCUUAUGUACCGUCUUAGACGUCUCCAACGGUUGGUUGUUGACAGAAAGAAUUCUACCAGUUAACGUCGCUGGGGGAUUGUUGUUCCUGUAAUUCUCAUAGUCAGACAGAUGCUUGAUCCUCGGCUCGAAGAGCCAGAGGUAGCGGUUUUCGUUCGGCGAAAGAAACUGUAGAGAGAGAAAGUACUUUUUAUUUGUGAGGUGCUGGCUCAGUCAAAGUGGGGGCACGAGCACUCUCCAUUCAGCAGCACAAGGUGGACAUCCUCUUCAAUGAAGCAGGCUGCAAAAGUGCAGUGGAGGAUUCCCACUUGGGAUGUGCUUUUGUUUUAUUACCAUAACAUGCAACUGUCAAUUCUCAUGUAAGAAAGUGUAAGAAGCAAGAACGAUGCUAAAAACAAAAAGGGAACAAAAGAAACAAGGAAAAAAAUAAAAUAAAAGGUCAUUAAAGUCAUGUAACUUGUGGAGAUCUUACUUGUGAAGUGUAAACAGUCGAUCUCUGCAGGGUAUUGUGAAAAAUUGAAUGGGAAAGAAAGAAAGGGAGGGUUUUUUA